AUGUCCGUUUCCCUGCAAAUUUUGGAGCCUUUACCGUUGAACUACAGCCUGGCUAAACGAAAACUGCGCAUUCUGAUCUUCUGGCUGCUGGUCUUUUUGGACUCGGUUGUCUUUCCUAUCGGGCUCUACUACCUUCUGACCUAUACCACGACGUGGUCCGCCACGACUAUCUUCACUGUUUUGACAGUGACUUUGUUCGGGACAUUCGUGACCGAGUCGUUGCAGAGAUCGUGGGAUCUGUGGCGGAAGGAAUCCAGCUGCCGCGUUCCCAACGCUGGCCGCUAUUAUUUCGAUUUCACCCACUGGAACGUCCUCGUCUCCUGGGUCAUCAUCAUUGCCGAAUUGGUCGUCGGAACCAUUCCUGAGCCGCCCUGGAUGCGCAUGCUGGCCAUGCCCGUGCCUUCACUUUUCUUUAUAUUCGCCCUCGAGAUGCUGAUUAUGGAGGCCCUGUAUGUCUUCGAGAAGCCCGCCCCGUUCCGCAUUUCAUCCAUCCCGAGUGGCAACCCAAUGCGUCCCGCCAUCUAUCCGCUUCUGGAAGAUAUUAUUGCAGUGGACGGCAAAGGAGGGACCAGAUUUCGGGAUCGCCUGGAUCAGCGAUACAAGUCCAGUCCACCCUUUCGCGGCAUGCUGCACCGAGUGACGAUGCUAUGGGCGGUUCCUCAAAUGGUGGUAGCCGGGGGGACUUUGGCAGGGAUUGUCAUUACGGACCGUGAGGUGGCUUACACGGUAUGUUUAUUUGACCUCCAAGGUGUGAUAUGGUAA